AUGGCAAAGCAAAAGAAAGAAGCUGUUCUCAUGGUAAAUGAACUGGAUCUCCUCGACACUGCUAAUAGCCAACGGCCUGAUACUGUUGAAAGAGUAUUUGAAGAAUUUCAAGUAGAUCCCGAAUGCAGCUUCGAGCCAAAAGCAGGUUCUAAGAAACGCCAAAGGGGGCGUCCAAAGAAACCCAGUGUCAGCGUUUAUGAUGAGUCCGACGUGUCAUCAAACGAUGAGAGAAGAGAUGCGUCAGACAAAAGGCCAGAUUGGAUAAGAAAACGACCAAGCAAGGAUUUCGUCAAAAGUUUGGAAAAGACUAUAAAACAAAGAAGGACCAAAGUGGAAAGUUUGCAAAAAAUCGGGGAAACUAAGUGUUAUGAUGGAGAGAUAAGAAGUGAAAAUUCUGUUUGUCGUCCUGAUGGCAAGAAAGAGCGGUAG